AUGGAAGCAUACCUUGAGGAGGUACACAAAAUCGAGAAACAAUUCUUGGGCCUAGAAUUGCAGCACGUGUCGUGUGGCACGAACAAGGAGGCAGACGACAUCGCCAAGAGGGCGUCUCGCCACCAGCCUCAGGAGUCUGGCAUCUUUGAGGAGCAGCUCUUCAAGCCAUCGGCAGCCCCAUCCAUCAUGGGACCAGCAUCGCCUCAGGAGGAGCUCUCCCCAGCACCCCUCUCGGGCGCCCCCGCUUGCGGCCCAACCUCGGGAGCCCGUCUGCUCCUCGCGCUCGAGCCUCGGGAGGGGUGCUGGACUGAGGAGUUCAAGGCGUACCUAAUUCAGGGGACCCUGCAGGAGAAGGAGGAAGACGCUAAGUGUGUGGCUCGCCAGGCCACUGCAUACUGCAUUCAGGACGGUGAGCUCUAUCGAAAGUGGCCAAACGACGUCUCUCUGUGGUGCAUCUCCAGGGAGCAGGGACACGAGCUGCUGGCUGACAUACAUGGCGGGGACUAUGGGCAUCACUCUUCAUCGCGCACCCUUGUGGGCAAGGCGUUCCGCGGUGGAUUCUACUGGCCCAUGCACUCAAUGAUGCCACUGAGCUAG